AUGUACGACAUCAACAAAGCGGUGAGUGUGGAGGUGCGGAGUGCUGAGUUGGAUGUCCUGAACAGCGAAGAAUUGAGGAAAAUUUCUCAAGGAAAGUAUGACAAUCAGUUGUUAGAGUAUGAAAGAAUGAACAAUAAUGGCGUGAUCUCAAAAAUGAAAUACGAUCCAAAAUAUGGGACAGUAGAUUAUAAACAAAUAUGUACCAUCUGUUUUGAGAGACAUGAUAACUGUGUUGGACAUAUAGACUUAUGUGAGUUGCUUGGGUUAGUCUGUUUGAACUGCUAUCAUGUGUGUUGCUCUGAGGAUACCGUUUUUUUGUUGAAGCAUAUUUACCAGCUGAGGGCCCUGAACGAGAUCGAGAGUUCGAAUAAGAUCGUAUGCAAGAGGAACUACGACAAGGAGUAUGUUCUUGGGGAGAUUGAGAAGCUGUAUAAGAGGGUUUGUGAGCAGGAGGGGGAGCGUAGCUCCGCGGAGGAGGUGGACUCCACGAACUAUGAGAGUGAAGAGGAGGGGAAUAACUUCGCCAGUGGAACGGGGGGGAAUAACUUCGCGAGUGGAGCGGGGGGGAAUAACUUCGCGAGUGAAGCGGAGGGGAACAGCAGCACAGACGAAGCUGAGGGGCCGCACCAGAAGAAGGGGCGAUCUCCGGUCAGCUUCAAAAAGAUGAAGGAGAAAAUUAGCAAAUUUAAUUUCGACGCGACCAAGCUGGCAUUUCAGUCGAACUACAACUAUGAAGAGUACAUACAACUGACGAAGACUCUGAAACAUCUGAUGAAAAAGAGAGGACGUUGUCACUCUUGCAAAUUUAGGAGAAAUAUAUCGGCGAAGAUAACGCAGAAGAGGGAUACCAUUAACUUCGUGGGAGUGUAUCUGCAGAAUUCCUUUUUGAAGAAAUACAUGAAUUCGUGGAAGAAAGGGGGGCAGGGCCCCUUGGCUGGGGAGGAGGAACUGGAGGAGAUGGUGGAGCGAGACGAGGACGGGGUAGAUGAAGUGGGGGGUUCAAACGGAGCGAUGGUGGGUGCGGCGAGCGGGAUGGGCACCGCAGGUGGUGGCGGUGGCGGCGAUGACUAUGGUGACGGUGGCGGCGAUGACCAUGGUGACGGUGGUGCCGCUUCCCCCCCCGCGCGGGGGGAGAGCUUCCCCGAAAUGGUGCGGAAGUACAAGAAGCAGAACGUGAAGGAGAAGAGCACCGUGAGGCUGUUCAGCUUCCAAGUGAUCGACCUGUUAGAAAAAAUUUUCAAAAAAAACGACCGAGAAAUCAUGAGUCUGUUGUAUCCAUUCACAAAGAGAGAUGGACACAAGGUGUUCUUCCUCUACGACAUGGGAAUUAGUGCAAACAGAUUCAGAGUCAGACUCAGGGGGAUUCACAAAAAAACCAAAAUGAUGAACGUCAUGAAUAAAUUCAACGAGUUACUUACUCUAUGCAUUAGUACCAAAAAGGAAAUCGAUUUUGAAGAACUUGUAGAAAAAAAAAAAAAAGAGCUAAAUCUGUACAAGGAAAUGUUUGCCCUCUUCUCUAUCCGAUUGAAAUACAAAUUUAAUGUAGAAAUAAUGGAUGAUGAUACGGAGAUCACCAAGACUGAUUUUUUGAGAUGCUAUGACCUGAUUUAUCGAAAUAAGAGUGCGUAUAUUAAUGUCUUAUUUAGCAACUUGCAAGUAGCACUUAAUACGUUUUUCGACAGCACCUUCGCUGCUCACUUGCCUCAAGCUAAAAUAAGUAAUCAGGGAGUGAGGGAGAUACUAGACAAGAAAGAAGGAGUUUUGAGAAAAAACGUAAUGGGGAAGAGAGUCAACAAUUGUGCUCGUACGGUUAUUUCUCCUGAUACAUUUAUUGAGACAAAUCAAAUUGGAAUACCUCUCGAGUUUGCAAAAAAGUUAACUAUGGAUGAGUGCAUUACGGAAAAUAAUUUAAAUUAUGUGAAACGACUCAUUCUAAAUGGACCCGACAUCUACCCUGGUGCACUAAGUUAUAGAGAUGCAAUGGGAAAUGUAUUUAAACUCUCAAAUGAUUAUGAAAAAAGAAAACAGCUAGUAAGACAACUGGAAAGGAUUAACUUAAAGGAACAAUGCGCAACGUUAGUGUUGCAUAGACAUGCUCGAGAUGGAGAUAUCGUUAUCAUGAAUAGACAGCCAACGUUACAUAAAUUUUCCAUCAUGGCUCAUUUUAUUAAAAUAUUUGAAAAGGAGAAAGUAUUCCGUUUGAACUAUGUUAAUUGUAGUUCUUACAAUGCAGACUUCGAUGGUGAUGAAAUGAAUUUACAUCUUCUUCAAACUCCACAUGCAAGAUCGGAGGCUACUCACUUAAUGAAUAGCGAUUAUCUUUUUACGAGUUUUAAGGAUGGUUCUCCUUUGAGAGGACUAGCACAAGACUUCAUUUUGGGUGGACUUCACUUAACUUCGCUUGAGACGUUUUUGAACUACGAUGAGUACUGCAACCUUUUGCAGUGUGCCCUCAACUGUUUGCUCUCCAGGAAGGACUGCUUCUUCUUCGAAAGGAGUCGCUCCACUCAGGGAGAGGGGCAGCCCACACAAACCACGUGGAAGAUACGAAACCACAGCUAUCUGGACCCCUACGCUGUGGUGCUGAACAGAACACACUUCACCAUUGUGAUGGAGGAGCCUGCCAUCCUCUCCCCGCGUAGACUUUGGACAGGAAAGCAGCUAAUAACGAGUAUACUGAAGACCAUCAUCGAUAGAGUGGCCGUGGAGACAUACAACCAAAGGAGGGACAACGAAUUUAUGCGAAACUAUAAAGGAAUAAACUACUGCGCGAAGGCAAAGACGGAUCCAUCACUCUGGUCCUUCGACCCAAAAAACGAAUGCGAAGUUAUCAUUAAGAACUCCGAGUUACUCCAAGGAGUAUUGGAUAAACUGCAUUUUGGAGCGAGUUCUAACAGUUUUGUUCACCUCUGUUAUGAACUGUUUGGUCCAAAGACAGCAGCAGUGAUUCUAGACUGUUUUGGCAGACUUUUUAUUAGCUUCCUUCAGUUACGUGGUACUAGUCUCAGUCUGUACGAUUUUAUUUUGAAAAAGGAAGCAAGGGAGGAAAAGCUCAACAUACGAAAAAGGAUCUCAUUUACAGGCUUUUAUCUCCAAAAUUUAUUUACUCACUCGAUUGCCAAGGCUCUCAACGUAGAUCUAAAUCAGAUGAAUGCCUACAGUAGGGGUAAAUUAAAUUCGCAUAGUCAGAACAACGACCUGUUUGUGAAUAGCAUGUAUGAUUUGUAUAGAUGUAGGAGUGAUAUCAUUAAUGACUGCCUCAGGGGGGGUGUUUCCGGAGAGUGCAUACUUCCCAGUGAGAAGGGGAGGAAGGGAAGGAGCGGUCAGCCGAGUGAGUCACACCAAGAUGAGAAGCUACCUCCGUCUGAGGAGCAACUAGACAUAAAGGAAGAAGCAUACGUCGCCGCUCUGCUGAACAAGGAGAUACAACUGCUGUUGGCGCAGCGGUCAGGGGAGGAGACCUCCAAGUCGUCGCCCUCCUCCUGCGUGCAGCGCGCGCUGGAAAGAAUGGUGAGCACGCGUCCACGCCAUGGAAAGGGCGCAGCCACGCAAAAGGGGGACGCUGGCGAAGCUGGCGAAGCCGACGAAGCAGACGAAGCUGACCAAUCCGACGAAGCUGACAAGCUAAAGGAGGAACAACUGCCACACAACCUCCGCAGCACCCUGGUGAAGAAGCUAUUCCAAUCGUUAAGCGAACCCAUUUUUAUGGACAGUCCCAAUUUUUCCGGAGACAAGGCCACGAAGGUGAUAAAAAAGGUCCUUCGUUUUCUGAGGAGAGCCAACUGUAGUAGGAGACUGAAGGUCUAUAUCUUAUUUGAGUUGUUCCAAAAUAGAACUAUUUUGAAGCACUUCCCAGCUUUGGCUAGCUGCUUGAAUGACCUCUCUCACGAAGUGAGCAAUGAGGAGAUAUUGCAUCACGUGUUGAGCAGUGUGAAUGCAGACAGGGCCAAGGAUCAACCGGAGCAGGGGAGAAGCGAGACGACCACGCAGGAAAUGCUGACCAAAUUUUUUCGCCUAUUGGAUGAUAUGGAAGAAGGUCGUGGGUUUGAAGGACACGGUGAAGACGGAGAAGAAAAUAGAGAAGCGUAUGGUGCAGAGUAUGGUGCAGAGUAUGGUGGAGAGCAUGGUGGAGAGUACGGUGGAGAGUGUGAUGGACCGCCCACCCGAAUAAACGAACAGGAUGAACGAAUGAUAAGGGACUGCCUGAAGAAAAGCUUCCCAUCAUUUCUACUGAAUGACGAGAUAGGUAACCUCUCCUUUAAUGGAAAGGAACACUACUAUGAGGAUUACGUGAACCAAAAAGGAACAGACGAAGACACGAUUUUCAAAUUUUAUAACAUGAAGGAUGUAUUUAACAAGUUGGAGUUUCUGAUCCACACGUAUUUUCUCCAAAUGAGAGGAGAUUUCGAUGGAUUAAUCGACUCACUCUUCCAACCAUAUCUAUGUCGUGUCUCCUCAAACACGAAUAACCUAAUCUCCAUGAAUAACUUAAUGAAUAAAUUUCUGAACAAUGGAUUCAGUAGUAUGAUUUUUACAGGUGCAAAAGGGAGUAAAGUGAAUUACGCUAUGAUUUGUGGGAUGUUAGAUCAGCAGUACUUAGAGGGGAAGAGAGUACCGAGGAUGAGAUCAGGGAAAACGUUACCUAGUUUCCAUCGAUAUGAUUAUGGUGCUAGAGCUUGUGGGUUAAUUACGGAUUGUUUUUUGGAAGGACUCAGACCCCAAGAAUAUUUUUUUCAUUGCAUGUCAGGGAGAGAGGGACUUAUCGACACUGCUGUGAAGACUGCCAAGUCUGGGUACAUUCAGAGGUGCCUCAUUAAAUGCAUGGAGUCUGUGAUACUUCACUAUGAUGGCACUGUGAGGAAUGAGGAUAAUGCAAUUAUUCAAUUUUUGUAUGGAGAGGAUGGCAUCGACCCGUCAAGGAUUUCCUACCUGGAUGCUCCCAAGGAUCUGAUCUGCAACUACAAUGUCGCGUUCAGCAAGUACCUGCUCCAUGACGCGGUGGAGAAGAUGCAGCGGAACGAGCGCCUCUUCGGAGGGGGGCCCCACGAGAGGGGCGAGAGCGACGAGAGCGGUGGUGGCGGCGAGAGCGGCGGAGCUGGCCAGCGGGGCGACCCCCUGGAGACCCACUUCUCGCCCUACUCCUACAUAGGAGCCACAUCCGAGCGCUUCCGAGAAAAGAUGCACCACACCAUCGCGAACGACCUGAACCUGGCGGACUGUUACAACCUCCCCGAUGACUUUGACUCCCAGUCAGCAGCCCUCCUCAAGUCCAAGUAUUUCAGAUCGCUCUGUGACCCCGGAGAAUCGAUCGGCAUUUUAGUAGCUCAGUCCUUCGGAGAGCCCGCCACACAAAUGACACUUAACACCUUUCACUUAGCUGGAACGGAAAACGUCACUAUGGGUAUCCCUCGACUAAAGGAAAUUUUUCUCACAUCCAAGUUGACCUCCAAGCCGAUGAUAUAUGUACCAAUCAAAGUGGACAACGAACGAGUGACUACAGCUAGCGAUGCGAAUGCGAUGAAAAGUUACAUAAACGAAAUUGCAGAAAAAAUAUUGAGUACUUAUAAGAGCAUCUGCCUAAGUGAUGUGAUUUAUGGUGUAGGUGUGGAUCGAAAAUUGAUUCUACGCGAACCGGGUGCAAAGAAUUCACAGAUGCAUAGUCUCCGAGUGGUUAGCAGCAGUGGAGGGGUAGACCCCCACAUGCAGAGACGAGAGUAUAACUGCACCGCCCCUGAGGGAGAUGUACAAUCAGCCAAAAUAAUGAACGCAUUACAUAAUACACAGCUCAGCUUCGAGAUCGAGAAGGAAUGGAAUUACGAGAUUGUAAUCCAAUUUGAGAACCUACACCACUUCUGCAAAGUGAAUAAUCACAUAACUAUGCAGGUCAUUCUAUCCAAAGCAGUGAACUGUGUCCUGUGCUCAGUACUAGGUAAGAUCCAGGAGAGCUUACUUAGGUACAACAUAAGACACGUGCACGCUUUUAAUCAUGAACACUACGAUGAGCUAUUCGAAUUCGUUUGCACGAAGAUGCAAGAGGAUUUCAAAUUCAGCAUCGAAAAAUUUGAAUAUAAAAAUGACGAGGAUAAGAUUAACGCCAAGUUGAAGUUUAUGACCCCCGGGGGGGGGAGAAGCGGAGGGGGUAGAAGCGGGGGUGGAGGAGGCAGAGGGGGGAUUGGGUCCACAAAGGAUACGGACGCGUCUGUCGUACGGGAUGAAAAUCACAUGGAUGAGGAUGACUUCUAUAACGAUGGAGGAGGCAGAGGUGGAGGGGCGGGCUCCUUUGCAAAGGAGACAAGUGGAGAAGGUCCUUCGGGAAGGUAUGGUAAUGAAGAGGAAGGAGAUGGACUAAGUGACGACAUGGCUGGCAAUAAUUUUGGAGAAGACGGUAAUCAUGAUGGGGGAGAAAACAACACUGAUGAUGAUGGGUAUGGCGGGAAGGAUGGAGAGAAAAAGCACAGCAGCAGCGAAUCGGAGGGUGAAGCGGAUGAUGGAGACCCCGAUUCGGAGUCUGAGGAGGACAAAGACUACGACGAAAGUGAGCGAAGCGAGGGGGAAGUUGGAAGCGAGGGGGAGGUUGGAAACGAGGGGGAGGUUGGAAGCGAGGAGGAGGUUGGAAGCGAGGGGGAGGUGGAAGCGAGGGGGAGGUUGGAAGCGAGGAGGAGGUUGGAAGCGAGGAGGAGGUUGGAAGCGAGGAGGAGGUUGGAAGCGAGGAGGGAAAACACCCACCUGGUUGCGGAGGAGAAGCCAAGCAGGGGAACAUCGCCCCCCUGAAUGGCAGCCGGAGUGGCAGCUGGAGUGGCAGCUGGAGUGGCGGCUGGAGUGGCGGCUGCUGCUGCAGGGGAGACGGCCGGACCCCCCAAACUGACGGCUAACGGGUCGCCCCUGUCCGAGAGGUCCACGUCGGCGGAGCGGCUCGGGGAGGAGGUCUACACGGAGGAGAGUGCGAACCAGUCGGACGGGGAGGUAGCCUACUGCGACGAUGGAGGGGAAGCCAACCGAUACGAUGAAGGGGAAGCCAACCGACACGAUGAAGGGGAAAACUACCGACACGAUGGAGGGGAAGCCAACCGACACGAUGGAGGGGAAGCCAACCGACACGAUGCAGAGUGGGAAAAGAGAAUCGCCAAAGAUUUCGCAAACCUCCCGUAUGACUAUAAACAUAACGUGAACCUAAAGAACGACAAUGAUGAGGAGUACGAGGAUGACGAAAGAAUGGUGAGAGAAAACAGUACAGAAAAAAUGCAAAGUGAAAACAAAAAAUGCGUAAAAAAUAUAGUGGAUAAGCUGAAGUCCAGUUUGUUAUGCUUCGUAAAAAAUAUCAGCUUCUCACCAGUGACAUGGACACUUAAGUUUGAGAUCGGCUGGGAUGUUAAUUUUUUUCCUCACGCAAUUGAUUUCUUAAGUUAUGUUAAGACAGAGCUAGCGAAGGAAACACUGUUUAAGGUGAAAGACCUGAAUAACCCGAAAGUGCUUAAGGGGAAGGACAUAACACACACAGGUGCUGAAUAUGAGUUGCAGAUCGAAGGGAAGAAUAUAUAUAAGCUUUAUAGCAUUAAGGAUAAAUUUAUUGACAAAAAGAAACUGUAUUGUAACGAUAUAUACACGAUCGUGAAGACUUAUGGAAUUGAGGCAGGUAGACUUUGUAUUACGAAGGAGCUGAAGAAGGUCUUCAAGGCUUAUGGGAUACAGAUCGACUUCCGCCACUUGUCCUUCAUUAGCGAUUUUAUGACCCACACCGGCGACCUGAAGUCGUUCAGCAGGCACGGACUGGCGUACUUCCGAAACGUCUUCCACAAAAUGAGCUUCGAGUGCGCCACAAAUUUUCUCACACAGGGAUGCGUGCACAACUCAGUGGACUAUUUAUCGACCGCCUCCAGCAGUUUGUUCUUCGGCAAGCCGAUCAAGGUUGGCACGAACGUCUCUGACGUCGUGACGCACAUCGAGGGGUCCGAAUGA